CAGUGGCUAACAAGAUUAGCAUCAAACUCUGCAUCAUAUAUGAAAAUGGACAACGCGACGGAGGGAACGUGGGACAGUUUACCUGUCAAACUCAACGACAGCAUUUUACAAACGCUGGAGGAGCUCAAAUUUACACACAUGACACCUGUACAGUCUGCUUGUAUCCCGCUCUUUAUGCGAAACAAAGAUGUUGCUGCUGAGGCGGUGACUGGGAGCGGAAAGACGCUGGCUUUCGUCAUUCCGAUCAUAGAGCUGCUCCUGAAGAGAGAAGAAAAGCUCAAGAAGAUGCAGGUUGGUGCCCUGGUGAUCACUCCCACCAGAGAGCUUGCUCUGCAGAUUAGUGAAGUCAUGGAGCAGUUCAUCCAGAAGUUUCCACAGUUCAAGCAGAUUUUACUGAUUGGAGGCAGCAACCCAAUAGAGGAUGUGGAGAAGUUCAAAGAGCAAGGAGCGAACAUUGUGAUAGCGACGCCUGGUCGUCUGGAGGACAUGUUCAGGAGAAAGUCGGAUGGUCUGGACUUGGCCGGCUCCGUCAAGAGUCUGGACGUGCUGGUCCUCGAUGAGGCCGACAGACUAUUGGACAUGGGAUUUGAAGCCAGUCUGAACACAAUCCUGGACUACCUACCCAAACAGAGACGUACAGGUUUGUUUUCAGCCACUCAGACUCAGGAGCUGGAGAAGCUGGUGAGGGCGGGGCUUAGGAACCCCGUACGUAUCACCGUCAAAGAGAAGGGCGUGGCUGCCUCCGCCGUCCAGAAAACUCCUUCCAGACUCUCCAACUACUACACUAUCUGUAAAUCAGAAGACAAGUUCAACAGCCUGGUGGCGUUUCUACGGCAACACAAGCACGAGAAGAAUCUGGUCUUCUUCAGUACGUGUGCGUGUGUGGAGUACUACGGUCGAGCUCUCGAGACUCUCGUCAAGAAGGUCACGGUCCACUGCAUCCACGGCAAGAUGAAGAACAAACGCAACAAGAUCUUUGCAGACUUCCGCGCGCUGAAGAGUGGGAUCUUGGUGUGCACAGACGUCAUGGCGAGAGGCAUAGAUAUCCCUGAUGUGAACUGGGUGUUGCAGUAUGAUCCUCCGAGCAGUGCCAGUGCCUUCGUACAUCGAUGUGGGCGUACAGCGCGCAUUGGAAAUCAAGGCAACGCCCUCGUUUUCCUGCUGCCAAUGGAGGAGUCCUACGUCAAUUUUCUGUCCAUCAACCAGAAAUGCCCGUUGCAGCCGAUGUCCCCUAUAGGUGAUGUUGUGGACGUGCUGCCGAAGGUUCAGGCUAUGUCUCUAGCGGACCGAGCCAUGUUCGACAGAAGCAUGAGAGCCUUUGUCUCCUGCGUCCAGGCCUACGCCAAACACGAGUGUAGCCUCAUCUUCAGAGUUAAAGAUCUGAAUUAUGCCACUUUAGCCCGCGGAUUCGCCCUCCUCCGCCUCCCCAAGAUGCCUGAGCUGAGGGGCAAAACGUUUCCUGGUUUCACCCAGACAACGAUAGACACAGAGACAAUCCGCUACAAGGACAAGAACAGGGAGAAGCAGAGACAGAAGAUGCUCGCCGAGCUGAAAGACAAGCCGCCGCUUCCCAGAAGGACCUUCAUCAAGAACAAGUCCUGGUCCAAACAGAAGAGCAGAAAGGAUCGCAGGAGGAAGAACGCCGCCAAGAGGAAACACAAUGAGGACUCCGACAUUGAAGAUGCAGACAUGGCGGAGCUUUUAAAUGACACUCGCCUUCUCAAGAAACUAAAGAAAGGUAAAAUCAGCGAGGAGGACUUUGAGAAUCGGGUAACAAGUGGACCAAAGUCCAAACACAAAACAGAAGCAGCUUCACGCGACGGCCCAGAGGAGGAAGUCUGAUGAAACAACGUGUAAAAAAAAAAAAAACAGAAAUAAAUCCCAAAACUUUGACCUGUUGAUAUUUUUAUUGAGAGUUCUGAGGCACAGUUUUUUUUUUCUUUAUAAAUAAAGCUUGAUGAGUUCGUCGCUGACAGCUGAGGGUGUGAGGACUCCCAGGUCGGUGAAGAGGAGGGUGAUGAGGGAAGGGGGCGUGUAAUCAGUCAUUGGGUGCUCCUCUGAAAGGUUCUGUACGGUCUUCAGGGUGUCGGCUUUGUACUGUGGAAGUGAGGACGAGGAGAAGGUGUGAAAAGAAAUACUCAAAGAGACGAUCAAUGCGGAUUUGAAAUUCUGACGUUAAAUACCUUAAACUUAUCGGGGACGUCCUGCUGGUUGAGCGGGUAGAGACGGACAAAUUUAAAGCUCUCUGCCACCACGUAGAACGGUUUGUUGUGAGCUUUGGAGCACACGGCCGUCUGAUACGUGCCAAUCUGCAGGAGGGAAGGAGAAAUGUUGAUCUCUCUGAUGCAUCACAUGCUUUACUUUUAUUCAGUCUUUACAUUUUCAGCCACUCUCCAUUCAUUCAACAUGAAAUUCUGAACUUCAUACUUUUCCACAUUUGUCUCCUUGAGUUUUCUUUGAAUUAUUAUGAUGUACAACACCUCACUCCUCUGUGUAUGUUUUUCAGCUCCUGUGAGGAGUUUUGAUGGUAAAGAAACAGACUGAAACUUAACCUGAUGCAUUUAUUAAUAUGACUAAAAAAAAAAACAAAGCAGAUCAUGAUUAAGAAGAUGGACUAUUUCUGUCUAGUUUCUUAAUGUGCCCUUAACCCUGCUGCAGGGUAUGUGCCAGAUGAGGAAUUUCUCACUGAAGACAGAAUAAAACAUAAUCACAAUUUAUUUUUCAUCCAUCUUUAACAAGAAGUCCCUGAACAGGUUUACGUCUGCCUAAAACAGCUUCAUCGCUUAAUUUGUAAUAAAGACUUUUGAGACUAA